GACUCGCAGCGCGGCCAGGCGGCGUAAGUGUGCGGCGGCCUGACUGGCAGGACUGGGGGGAGCGGAGGACUCAGACGACCCGGGAGAGCGCUCUGGGCGCUGCCCACGUCCGCCUCCUCCACCGACUGCCCUCCGCCAGGUGCGGUGCUGCAACCCGGUGCCGGACCCGCAAGAGGGACCCCACCCGGUGGCCUAGGAGGUCGUCAGUCCCGCCUUGUUUUUUUACACCCGGAGGACCUAGGCUCCCGGAGGACAAGGAACCGCCCAACAUGGCAUCGGAGAGCGGGAAGCUAUGGGGUGGCCGGUUUGUCGGCGCAGUGGACCCCAUCAUGGAAAAGUUCAACUCGUCCAUCACGUACGACCGGCACCUCUGGGAGGUGGACGUGCAGGGCAGCAAAGCCUACAGCCGGGGCCUGGAGAAGGCAGGGCUCCUCACCAAAGCCGAGAUGGACCAGAUACUCCAUGGCCUGGACAAGGUAGCUGAGGAGUGGGCUCAGGGGACCUUCAAACUACACCCCAAUGAUGAGGACAUCCAUACGGCCAACGAGCGGCGUCUGAAGGAGCUCAUUGGUGAAACCGCGGGGAAGCUGCACACGGGACGAAGUCGGAACGACCAGGUGGUCACUGACCUCAGGCUGUGGAUGCGGCAGAAUUGCUCCACGCUGUCAGCCCUCCUCUGCGAACUCAUCAGAACCAUGGUGGAUCGGGCAGAGGCGGAACGUGAUGUCCUCUUCCCAGGGUACACACACCUACAAAGGGCUCAGCCAAUCCGCUGGAGCCACUGGAUCCUGAGCCAUGCCGUGGCUCUGACCAGAGACUCUGAAAGGCUGCUGGAGGUGCAGAAGCGGAUCAACGUCCUGCCCCUGGGGAGCGGGGCCAUCGCAGGCAACCCCCUGGGUGUGGACCGGGAACUGCUCCGAACAGAACUGGACUUUGGGGCCAUCACUGUCAACAGCAUGGAUGCCACCAGUGAGCGAGACUUUGUGGCCGAGUUCCUGUUCUGGGCUUCACUGUGCAUGACCCACCUCAGCAGGAUGGCUGAGGAUCUCAUCCUCUAUGGCACCAAGGAGUUCAGCUUUGUGCAGCUCUCAGAUGCCUACAGCACUGGAAGCAGCCUGAUGCCCCAGAAGAAAAACCCAGACAGCCUGGAGCUGAUCCGGAGCAAGGCGGGGCGAGUUUUUGGACGGUGUGCUGGGCUCUUGAUGACACUCAAGGGACUUCCGAGCACCUACAACAAGGACUUACAGGAGGACAAGGAAGCCGUGUUUGAAGUGUCCGACACCAUGAGCGCCGUCCUCCAAGUGGCCACUGGUGUCAUCUCUACCCUGCAGAUUCACCGUGAGAACAUGGGACGGGCUCUGAGUCCUGACAUGCUGGCCACUGACCUCGCCUACUACCUGGUCCGAAAAGGGAUGCCAUUCCGCCAGGCCCACGAGGCCUCCGGGAAAGCCGUGUUCAUGGCCGAGACCAAGGGGGUCGCCCUCAGUCAGCUGUCACUGCAGGAGCUGCAGACCAUCAGCCCCCUGUUCUCGGGCGACGUGAGCCACGUGUGGGACUACGGACACAGCGUGGAGCAGUACCAGGCCCUGGGCGGCACCGCGCGCUCCAGCGUCGACUGGCAGAUCGGCCAGCUGCGAGCUCUCCUCCGGGCACAGCAGGCCGAGAGCCCUCCCCACGCCUCCCCCAAAUAAAGCGGGCCCUGGAGGAGGCCGUGUGUGUUUCCCGCCCA